AAUCAGGAUCGACGGCCCAUUACGCCUCCUCCAUGUAUCCGUCUAAUUGUCCGGGAUGCUCAAACAGAAAAGGAAAUUGAUAUCAAUGAGAUCGAUACAUCCUUUUAUGUACUCAUGGUCGAUCUGUGGAAUGCCGAGGGGACGAGCGAAGUCAACUUGGUGAAGCACUCGGCUACAUCUCCGUCGAUAUCUACCGCCAUGUCCUCCUCAUACCCACCCCCGUUGCAGAACGUCUCACCCUCGUACCCUCCGUACGCGCAAAAUGCCUAUGGUCAGCCUGUCGGUUACCCGCACAUGAAUAACUACUACGCCGGAAACCCGCAACUUCAAUACCAAAACCCCUAUGGAGCGAAUCCGCAAGCCCAACCUUACUACCCCUACUACGCCGGGGGUCACAUGCCACCCGCCAACAUCUCCCCAGCGCAGCCUGUUACCGCCGCUCCAGGUGCUGGGAUGUUCACGCGAAAUCUCAUCGGCAGUUUGAGCGCCAGCGCAUUCCGGCUGACGGAUCCGGAGAACAAGAUUGGUGUCUGGUUCAUUCUGCAGGAUCUGAGUGUACGGACAGAGGGUUCCUUCCGCCUGAAAAUGAGCUUUAUCAACGUGGGCACUCAAUCCGGAGAAUCUCCCAACGGCGUGUCGGUGAUCAACCACGGGUCGGCACCCGUACUGGCAUCGGUAUUCUCCGAACCCUUCCAUGUAUACUCCGCCAAGAAAUUCCCUGGCGUCAUCGAAAGCACGUCCCUCAGCAAAUGCUUCGCGCUCCAAGGCAUCAAAAUCCCGAUCCGAAAGGACGGCGUGAAGGGAUCGCGCGGGCGGCACAGUGACAACGAUGACGGUGGAGACGACUACGACUAGAAAGCCGAUGAUGCGCUGUCUGGUCUGUGAGAUUGGCCUUUCCUUGAUUUGCUUCAGUUUGCUGUUUGCCUAAUACCUCCUCUGGCGCAACGUUUUAUGGCUUCUGGUAAUAUGACCUGGGUUCCUGGGAAUGCGGUGUUUCUCUAAAGGGACUGGUUCGGGGGUUUGGGGAAGGGGUUUGUUUU